GACGAUGGCGUGGCGAUGACAGAACUCCGACACACUGGUCAAUGCACCCGUCACAAAACCGCACGCGUGAGGUGAGCCUCUCUGUCUCUCUCUCGCGAUCGAUCGAUGCGGCGUUCACACUCCAUCGUCCAACUCCUCCCCUUCGCCGCAAUUUCCGAUUCCUCCGCCGCCAUAUCCGCCUCCGUCGCCGCCAUGUCCAAUCGUCCUCCGUACAGAGGGGGCUGGAGCCGAGGCCGAGGCCGGAGAACCUUCUCUGAUCGUCCUCACAACGAAGCAGGAAGAGAUCAAGUUGUGACUGGAGACUCGCAUUUCCAGUCAGUGCACGAUGUCAACCUAGGUAUGCGGCACGGCGGCGGAGCUCAAGGCCACUCGAAUCUCGAUCACCGACCUUCGCUUCGUUCUCAUCAUUUCAAUAACCAUGGUCAACGCCCUCGGCAACCUCAUCCGCCGCAACAGUUUCACCAGCUGCCGUUUGAUCAGAACCUGGUUUCCCGGCCUCCGCUGCCGCGAAAUCAGUGGCAACCGUUUCAUCACCAGCCUUAUGGUUCGCCGGAAAAUAAAGGCCAUGCUGCCUGGCCUCCGCCGCCGUUCUACUAUCAAAACCAGGUUUUCCGGCCUCCUCUGCCGCGGCGUCAUCAACCACGGUCGAAGCCUUCUGAUUACCGAGAAUGGGAAUUCGCCAAAACGGCUCUGCCUUCUGGGUCCGAAAAGUUCGUUGUUCUUUCUUAUAAUAUCUUGGCUGAUUACCUUGCAAAUGAUCACCGGGGAAAGCUUUACUUUCACAUACCAAGGAAUAUGUUGGGCUGGGAAUCCAGAAAGAGAAGAAUUAUCUUCGAGCUUGGCCUAUGGUCUGCAGAUAUAAUGUGCCUUCAGGAAGUUGACAGAUUUCAGGACCUAGAGGAGGAGAUGAAACUCCGAGGGUAUAGCAGCAUUUGGAAGAUGCGGACUGGCAAUGCUAUUGACGGCUGUGCAAUGUUUUGGCGAUCAAAUAGAUUCAAGUUGGUUCAUGAGGAAAGCAUCCAGUUCAAUAAGCUUGGUCUCCGGGACAAUGUUGCUCAGAUAUGCGUGCUUGAGUUGUUGAAUUCACGUACAAGCAAGAAUGGGGUCACUGCAUCAGAAAGCUCUGCUGGUUCCCACAGAGUUGUGGUAUGUAAUAUUCAUGUGCUUUACAAUCCUAAGAGAGGAGAAAUUAAACUUGGCCAGGUCAGAACACUCUUGGAGAGAGCUCACGCGGUUUCCAAACUCUGGGAUAAUGCUUCUGUUGUUUUGUGUGGAGAUUUCAAUUGCACCCCUAAGAGUCCGUUGUACAACUUUAUUUUGGAGCAGAAGUUGGAUUUGUCUGCACUGGCAAGAGACAAAGUCUCUGGACAAGAUUCUGCUAUUAUUCGUCCAUCAAGGCCAGAAAAUCUUUAUCUGAGGUAUCCGGCUACGAUAAAAUCUCCACAAGUUGAACUCCAGUCAUUGGAUUCAGUUUCGGAUGCCCAGACUGUCAGCAACAAGGAGGGUGAAAAGGCUCCUCCCGGAAGCACAUCUGAACUUCAUUGUGCUGAAAAGAUUCUUGUCAACUCCCAAGCAUUUGCUGAUUCAGACCAGGUAUCACCAGGUGAAGAACUUGGGUCAGAUGGUACCACAGAAAGUAAAAAUAGAGAAUCCGACGGCAAUGGAGAGCCCUUUGUGGCCGAAGAUCUGUCUUCAACAUGCAAAUCAGACCCAGACUUUCUACAUGCUUCUGACACUGAAACGUUUUCAAAAGAGGAAUUCUCAGAAACUUCUUUUGCUUCUGCUACUGGAGAGUCUCCCCCGGAAAUGUUUGCCAAGGAUGAGAAUAUCUUGUCAGUUGUGUCUGUCGAGGUUGAUGCUUUGUUGGGGGUGAAACUAGGGGACUUAGAUUUGAACAAACCGGAUGAAACUCUGAGAGAAAGUGAGGGUUUAGGAGAAGAUCGUGACGUCUUUUUGGCCGAACUGCACAACAAUGACUCGGGUCACAGUCUUGAUGUUCUGAGUGAAUUGUCACCUGAAUUGGAAUCUGAAACUUUCAAGGAGGAGAAAAUUCCGUAUGAUUCAUCCUCAUGGACUCCAAUGGAGAUAGCAGCAGCAACAGGUGACCAGGAAAGAACAGCAAUUGAACACCCCUUACAUCUAACCAGCACUUACACAGAAGUAGAGGGCAAGACAAACACAAGAGACAAAAAUGGAGAGCCUGAAGUGACCAGUUACAACAGAUGUUUCAUGGGGACAGUCGAUUAUAUAUGGCGUUCCCAGGGCCUGGAAACAGUUCGAGUGCUUGCUCCGAUGCCGAAACAAGCCAUGCAGUGGACGCCCGGCUUCCCGACCCCGAAAUGGGGGAGCGAUCACGUGGCCCUUGUUUCCGAGCUCGCUUUCACCGAGGAAUCAGUCUAAUCCCGGCGAUGACCCUUUGAGUAAUUUUAUCCGGUGUCUAUGGGAAGAAGAACUGGAUUUGUUCGACCUGUUUUUUUUUUCCCUCAUUUUUUUAAAAACAAUUAUUUAUUUUCUGUCUGCAUGUUUUUCUUUAGGUAUUUUUAUUCACGCGAAUAAAAUAAACAACCCGAAUAAUAUAUAUAUAUAUAUAUAUAUGUGUA